UGCACACAGCUCAUUCCCGCACGCAUGUCCAUGCAUAAUCAACCCUCUCUCUUUUUCUCUCUCUUCCUCAUAAUUUCCAGUCUGUAUUUUCCUUAUAAAAAAAAAUUCUUUUGUCAAAAACCAUCCCCUUAUAUUCGUAGUUCCACUGCCCCAUCACACUCCUAAUAUUCGUCAAUCUCUGAGGAGAGAUAGAAGAAAGAAGGAAAGAAAAUCGUUUCUCUACAAUACCUAAAAGGACCCAUAAUUAAUAUGGAUCCUUGCCCUUUUGUUCGGAUUGUGGUCUCGAAUUUGGCUCUGAGGCAGGACUCAUCGUCGCCGUCGACUAAAUAUUCCGUCAACAGUGCGAAAUUCCCUUCUUGUUAUUGUAAAAUCAAGCUCGAUGGGUUUCCUUCCCAGUUCUCAACCAUCCCAUGGAUUCUUCAAGAGAGCGAUGCCAUUGACAGUAAGAUCCAUGCCGGGUUCAGUUUUAAGAAGUCGGAUUUCGAGAGAUUAGUGGGGAAAUCGGCGGCUAAAAAGAGUGGGAACUGUAGUUUGAAGAUUGAGAUUUUCAGUGGGAAUAAUAAAACGAGCUGUGGAUUGAAGAGUGAGAAACUCAUGGGUACGGCUUCGGUGAAAUUGGAUUUGAAGGCGGUGGAGAACAGUAUUAUUGGGAGCAAUAAUAAAGGGUGUGUUGUGAUUCAUAGUGGAUGGAUUAGUAUGUUGACUGGGAGUUUAAAGGGAUCCCAUUUACACGCCAAUGUUAAAGCUGAACCUGAUCCCAGAUUUGUGUUCCAGUUUGAUGGCGAGCCAGAGUGCAGCCCUCAAGUCUUUCAAGUCAAUGGGAAUGUCAAACAACCCGUUUUCUCUUGCAAGUUUGGGUUCAGAAAUUCAGGUGGAGAAAGAAACAACUUGAGAACCAGAUCAUCAAUCUCUGAGAAAAACGCCAAAGUUGGUUGUUUUAGUUCUUCAAUAGGAGGCGAUAAAGAGCAGCCAAUUAAAGAGAGGAAAGGAUGGUCAAUUACAAUCCAUGAUCUAUCCGGUUCACCCGUUGCAGCAGCAUCAAUGGUGACUCCGUUUGUUCCUUCACCCGGAUCCGAUAAAGUCAGCAAAUCCAACCCUGGAGCUUGGCUCAUCCUCCGACCCGGCCAAGGGACAUGGAAACCAUGGGGAAGACUCGAGGCUUGGCGUGAACAGAAUCAUUCCGAUAACAUUGGCUACCGAUUCGAACUCAUUCCAGAUGGUAGUAUCGACACGAUCACAUUAGCCAAUUCGAGUAUUCCAACCCGAAAAGGCGGUAAAUUCAGCAUUGAUGUUGCCACCGGAGUAACUCCAAUGACUAGUCCGAACAGCAGUUUCGAUUUCAGUUCACUGUCAAGUUGUGGGUCAGGUUCUGAACUCGGAUCGGGUUCAUGGGCUCAUCUUUUAUACAGAGGAUUUGUUAUGUCAUCUACCUUAAAUGGUGAUGGAAAAUGUAGCAAGCCUGAGGUGGAGAUUGGAGUUCAUCAUGUUUCUUGCACAGAAGAUGCUGCGGCAUACGUGGCAUUGGCUGCAGCCUUGGAUUUGAGCAUUGAUGCUUGCAGAUCUUUUUCACAAAAGCUUCGGAAAGAAUUAAGGCAAUCUGAUUUGGAAUAAGAACCACACCAUCCCAUUUGCAAAGUGAUUGCCAAAUUGUAAUAUUUUUUUUGAUAAAUUGUUUGGGUUCGUCCAGAAGCCAGAUUGUUAACUGACUUAACACUAAUUAACUAACACAGGCGGUUUGCUUGAGUGUACAGAGCUUUCUGUUUUGAUUCAUUGCCUCUUUUUGGUUCCAUUGUACAAUAUGAUUCGAAAUAAUACUAGUGAGCAUUCAAUUUUCAUUUCUGUUUUGGUUUCUUCAGUUUCAAAGUGAUACUACUAAUUCUUCCAAUUUACAAGAGGCAUCCGAUGCUUGUAAAAUUAAAGACGUUGUCAUUUCGAGGUGUCUUCCAUUAGGACUGGAUCUGGAACCGACGACCAAGUGAUUAAUGAAAUGAGUUUAUGUACUUUAAUUACACGUGACACGUGUGAGAGAUUUGAUCCUGUCCUGCUUAGUUGUUUCUCACUGUUGUGUGUUGAUGUUAAAGGCUGGACUGGAGAAUGAAGCUGGCUAGCUUUUUUUCCAUUCUAGCAUGGUGAGGUUGGUGCUUGCGUGGCAGGCCACAUAAUACUACAACAGUAAGAUUCUUACUGUAAUGAAAUUUAC